ACUCCCCUCCCAGUCCUUUUAAUUUAUUUUUUGGGAGUUAUAAUUUUUUAUUGCUUUAAUUAAUAUUAUUUUCCAAGAUGAUGACCCAAACGUGGAGGUCUCUUCCUUUCCAUUUAUGGACUGUCUUGUUUUUGGGGGCCUCCUGGAUUCUUCCUGGGAAUGGUUCUACCAAGCCGUUUAGAACUUUUACGGGCAGCGAAUGGAGCUUGACUCAUCUGGUGGUGCAUAAUAAAACCGGGGAGGUGUACUUGGGGGCCGUGAACAGGAUUUUCAAACUGUCGAGCAACCUGACCCUCUUGCGCGUCCAUGUUACGGGUCCUAUUGAGGACAACGAAAAGUGUUACCCUCCUCCGAGCGUCCAGUCUUGCCAGCAUGGACUGGUCACCACUAAUAAUGUCAACAAACUGUUGCUAGUGGACUACACUUUGGACCGGUUAAUAGCCUGCGGCAGUGCCUCUCAAGGGAUCUGCCAGUUCCUGCGUAUCGGGGACCUCUUCAAGUUGGGAGAGCCUCACCACCGUAAGGAACACUACCUCUCCAGUAUUAAUGAAUCUGGCACCAUGUCUGGAAUCAUUAUUGAGGCUCCGAAUGGGCAGAACAAACUUUUUGUUGGGACACCUAUAGAUGGAAAGUCUGAAUAUUUUCCUACUCUCUCAAGUCGGAAACUUUUGCCCAGCGAGGAGAACGCUGAAAUGUUUGGCUUUGUCUAUCAGGAUGAGUUUGUAUCCUCACAACUUAAGAUCCCCUCGGACACGCUGUCCAAAUUUCCAACCUUUGACAUAUACUACGUGUACAGUUUCAGAAGCGAGCAGUUUGUCUACUACCUGACCCUACAGUUAGACACACAGUUGACCUCUCCCGAUUCUACCGGAGAGCAGUUCUUCACAUCUAAAAUCGUCCGACUUUGCGUCGAAGACCCCAAAUUCUACUCUUACGUGGAGUUCCCCAUUGGAUGCAUGAAAGAUGGUGUGGAAUAUCGUCUCAUACAGGAUGCUUACCUGAGCAAACCCGGGAAACGCCUGGCUAAAGAGUUGGGGAUCUCCGAGAGGGAAGACAUUCUUUUCACGGUCUUCGCGCAGGGCCAGAAAAAUCGAAUCAAGCCACCGAAGGAGUCUGUUCUCUGUCUCUUCACCUUGAAGAAGAUCAAGGAUAAAAUUAAGGAACGUAUUCAGUCCUGCUAUCGGGGCGAAGGAAAACUGUCUCUGCCCUGGCUCUUAAACAAGGAGCUGGGUUGCAUCAACUCGCCCCUGCAGAUCGACGACAACUUCUGCGGCCAGGACUUUAACCAGCCACUCGGAGGGACCGUCACCAUCGAAGGAACCCCGCUUUUCAUCGAUAAGGAGGACGGCAUGACGUCAGUGGCCGCCUACGAUUAUCGCGGGCACACGGUGGUGUUCGCCGGAACCCGCAGCGGCAGGUUGAAAAAGAUCUUGGUGGACCUGUCCAGUCCGUCCGCCCACGCCUCGCAGCAGUAUGAGAUCGUACUGGUUCACGAAGGAAACACCAUCCUCAGGGACUUGGUUCUGAGCCCCGACCGCCAGUAUAUCUACGCCAUGACCGAGAAGCAGGUCACGCGUGUGCCGGUGGAAAGCUGCGAGCAGUACGAGAGCUGCGACACCUGCCUGGGCUCUCGGGACCCUCACUGCGGCUGGUGUGUGCUGCACAACACGUGUUCCCGGAAAGACAAGUGCGAGCGGGCGGACGAGCUUCACCGCUUCACCACCGACCAGCGGCAGUGCGUCCAGCUGAUGGUGCAGCCCAAGAACAUCUCCGUUACAAUGUCUGAGGUCCCGAUGGUUUUACAAGCCUGGAAUGUCCCUGACCUUUCCGCCGGGGUGAACUGCUCCUUCGAGGAUUUCACAGAGAUGGAGGGACACAUAGAGGAAGGCAAGAUCUACUGCAGCUCUCCCUCUGCCAAGGACGUGAUCCCCAUCACACGAGGCCAGGGUGACAAGAGAGUUGUGAAACUGUUUCUGAAGUCCAAGGAAACCGGGAAGAAGUUUGCCAGCGUGGAUUUUGUUUUCUACAACUGCAGCGUCCACCAGUCCUGCCUGUCCUGUGUGAACGGAUCGUUCCCCUGUCACUGGUGCAAGUAUCGGCACGUGUGUACCCACAAUGCAGCGGACUGCUCCUUCCUGGAGGGCCGGGUGAAGAUGUCAGAGGACUGUCCUCAGAUUCUGCCUUCAACCCAAAUCUACAUCCCAGUCGGAGUGGUGAAACCUAUUACGCUGACCGCCAAGAACCUCCCCCAGCCGCAGUCCGGCCAACGCAACUACGAGUGCAUCUUCCACAUCCCGGGGAGCGUGACCCGUGUCACCGCACUGCGCUUCAACAGCACCAGCAUCCAAUGUCAGAACACUUCGUAUAACUACGAGGGGAAUGACAUCAGCGACCUACCUGUCAAUCUGUCCGUGGUCUGGAACGGCCAUUUUGUCAUUGACAAUCCUCAGAACAUACAAGCCCACCUGUACAAGUGUUCAGCCCUGCGGGAGAGCUGCGGACUGUGUCUGAAAUCCGAUCCACACUUCGAGUGCGGCUGGUGCGUCAGCGAGAAGAAGUGCACCCUGCGCCAGAACUGCCCCAUGUAUGAGAGCCCGUGGAUGCACGCCAGCACGCCGCAGAGCCGCUGCACCGACCCCAAGAUCACCAAGCUCUUUCCUGAAACCGGCCCCAGGCAAGGAGGGACCCGACUCACCAUCAUCGGGGAGAACCUCGGCCUGAGGUUUGAAGACAUCCGGGUCGGUGUGAGGGUCGGGCAAGUCAUGUGUGUCCCCUUAGAAAGUGACUACAUCAGUGCGGAGCAGAUUGUGUGCGAGAUUGGUGAGGCCAGGAGCAUGCAGGCCCGGGAAGCCACUGUGGAAGUCUGUGUCAGAGAUUGCUCCAAGGAUUACAUGACCACUGCUCCAAAAUCGUUCACCUUUGUGACCCCUCAUUUUAAAGGUGUGACCCCUGCUCGUGGCCCACUGUCUGGAGGUACAUGGAUUACCAUUGAGGGAAUCUACCUAAACGCUGGCAGUGAUGUGUCUGUGGACAUUGGAGGACGACCCUGCAUCUUUUCAUGGAGAACGGCCAAAGAGAUUCGCUGCAAAACCCCGCAGGGCCAAAUUCCAUCCAGUGCAGAAAUUGAGAUCCACAUCAAUCGCGCGGUGCUGCGCAACCCCGAGGUGAAGUACAAUUACACGGAGGACCCCACGGUGCAGAAGAUCGAACCUGAGUGGAGCAUCACCAGUGGUGGGACUCCGCUGACUGUAACCGGACUGAACCUGGCAACUAUUAGGGAGCCGAAGAUCCGCGCCAAGUACAGCGACGUGGAGCGUGAAAACAACUGUACGGUUUAUAACGACACCACCAUGGUGUGUCUGGCCCCUUCCAUCGACAACUCCCUGAGAACUCCGCCGGAAUUCGGAGAAAAGCCAGACGAGAUCGGCUUCAUCAUGGACAACGUCCAGGCGCUGCUCAUCGUGAACAUGACCAGCUUCACCUACUAUGCCGACCCCGUGUUCGAGCCCCUCAGUCCAUCCGGGAACCUGGAACUGAAGCCCAGCUCUCCUCUGAUCAUCAAAGGUCGUAAUAUAUUACCAGCCGUACCCGGGAACUUCCGCCUCAACUAUACAGUGCUGAUCGGCGACACCCCAUGUGCGCUAACUGUCUCUGAGACGCAGCUUCUGUGCGAAUCGCCAAACCUUACGGGGCAGCACAAAGUCACGAUCAAAGCUGGAGGCUUCGAAUUCUCACCCGGCACUCUGCAGAUCUAUUCCGACAGCCUCCUGACCCUUCCGGCAAUCAUCGGCAUCGGUGGAGGCGGCGGGCUCCUCUUGCUAAUCAUCAUCAUCGUCCUGAUCGCCUACAAGCGCAAGUCCAGGGACGCGGACCGCACCCUGAAACGCCUGCAGCUGCAGAUGGACAAUCUGGAGUCACGUGUGGCCCUGGAAUGCAAGGAAGCCUUUGCCGAGCUGCAGACUGACAUCCACGAGCUGACCAAUGACCUGGACGGAGCCGGCAUCCCCUUCCUGGACUAUCGCACCUACGCCAUGCGCGUCCUCUUCCCCGGCAUCGAAGACCACCCUGUGCUAAAGGAGAUGGAGGUCCAAGCAAACGUGGAGAAGGCUCUGAAUCUCUUUGGGCAGCUGCUGAACAAAAAGCAUUUCCUCCUGACCUUCAUCCGCACACUGGAGGCUCAGCGCAGCUUCUCGAUGCGAGACCGUGGAAACGUGGCCUCCCUUAUCAUGACGGGGCUGCAGGGGGAGAUGGAAUACGCCACAGGGGUCCUCAAACAGCUCCUGUCUGACCUCAUCGAGAAGAACCUUGAAAGCAAGAACCACCCCAAACUGCUGCUCAGAAGGACGGAGUCCGUGGCGGAAAAGAUGCUCACAAACUGGUUUACCUUUCUGCUCUACAAAUUCCUGAAGGAGUGCGCCGGGGAACCGCUGUUCAUGCUGUACUGCGCCAUCAAGCAGCAGAUGGAGAAAGGGCCCAUUGACGCCAUCACAGGAGAAGCUCGCUACUCCCUGAGUGAAGAUAAGCUCAUCCGCCAACAGAUCGACUACAAGACGGUGAAUCCUUCUGAUGGCGGGCUGAGCGAUGAAUCAUGGUCCCGCUCGCCUCAAACGCUCAACUGUGUCAAUCCGGAGAACGAGAAUGCCCCGGAGAUCCCGGUGAAGGUGCUGAACUGCGACACCAUAACGCAAGUCAAGGAGAAGUUGCUGGACGCCGUGUACAAGGGUGUCCCGUACUCCCAGCGACCCAAAGCCGGAGACAUGGACCUUGAAUGGCGCCAAGGCAGAAUGGCCAGGAUCAUAUUGCAGGAUGAGGAUGUGACGACCAAAAUAGACAACGACUGGAAGCGCCUCAACACUCUGGCUCAUUAUCAGGUCAUCGAUGGGUCUUCGGUUGCUCUGGUCCCCAAACAGAACUCCGCUUAUAACAUCUCAAAUUCAUCAACGUUUACAAAGUCUCUGAGCAGAUACGAGAGCAUGCUACGGACAGCGUCCAGCCCCGACAGCCUGCGCUCACGAACGCCUAUGAUCACCCCGGACCUGGAGAGCGGUACAAAGCUCUGGCACCUAGUGAAGAACCAUGAUCAUUUGGACCAACGUGAGGGUGACAGAGGGAGCAAGAUGGUGUCCGAAAUCUAUCUCACCAGAUUAUUGGCAACAAAGGGCACCCUCCAGAAGUUCGUAGACGACUUAUUCGAAACCAUAUUCAGCACGGCACACCGCGGCAGCGCACUACCUCUCGCCAUAAAAUAUAUGUUUGACUUUCUGGAUGAGCAGGCGGAUAAACACCAAAUCACAGAUUACGAUGUGCGGCAUACAUGGAAAAGUAAUUGUUUACCUCUGAGGUUCUGGGUGAACGUCAUCAAGAACCCUCAGUUCGUGUUUGACAUCCACAAGAACAGCAUCACGGACGCCUGCCUCUCGGUGGUGGCCCAGACCUUCAUGGACUCUUGUUCUACGUCAGAGCACAAGUUGGGCAAAGAUUCUCCCAGUAACAAGCUGCUGUAUGCCAAGGACAUACCCAACUACAAGAGCUGGGUGGAGAGGUAUUACACCGACAUCGCCAAAAUGCCCGUAAUAAGCGACCAGGAUAUGAGCGCGUACCUGGCCGAGCAAUCACGGCUACACCUGAGCCAGUUCAACAGCAUGAGCGCCCUACACGAAAUCUACUCCUACAUCACCAAGUACAGAGACGAGAUCUUAACCGCGCUGGAAAAAGACGAACAAGCGAGGAGGCAGCGGCUACGAAGUAAAUUGGAACAAGUUAUCGACACAAUGUCGCAGAGCAGUUGAAGUCCACGACGGCCGCGCUCCAGGGCGUUGGUGGUAACUGAGCGAGACGGGGGGGGGGAAAGCGCUAAAACGUGACCACACUCCCAAAGCAUGUGGCCUUGACAAAAAACCAACAAACUGCAGAACUGUUCUGAAAUUUGAAACAAACAUGAACAACAAACAAAAAAAAAUGAAAGAAAAAAAAAAAAAAGCUUACAUGUACAUAAAAUUAAUUUAGAGAACAUUUCAAAGAAUGACAUAGAAAUCCUUUAUAAACAGUUUUACGGACUCCUUAAAGUUCAGUACAAAUUAAGAAUAUAGAUUAAAGACCAUGUCAGCUGCCUGUUCCAAAGGGGAAGACGGUGCUCGUGGCGGAGGAAAACGUGUGAAGACGGAAAGGACUGGACUAUGUAGGACCUAUAAGAUUGCAGAAGAGACUUUCUCCCACCUCCUCCCUCCCGCCCCGCGUAGGCAGGCAGCCGAUCGGCCCUCAAGAAAAGAAAAAAAGACAACCUCUCUCUCUCUCUCUUUGGCUUUUUGCCACCUAGUGUUAAACUGCUACAUUUGCACAAUUUAUUGAGAAUUUCGGGGUUUUUAAAGAAAUUAAAAAAAUAAUUAAAAAAAAGCAAUCGAGGAGAGAAAAAAAAAAAUCUUUGAAGGGUUUGAGUGCGUUCUGGGAGACGGAAGAACUUCAAGAGCGUCCCGUGGAUUUACCUGCGAGGAGGACAAAAAAAAAAUAUAAUUCCAGAACCUUUCAUAUUUUUCUAGACUAUAUUAUGUGCCAUGUUUCAUUUCAAUGUUGUUUUAGUGAAUAAAAAUG